AGAGUUGGCUCUGAGCAAAGUCGGCCACGGCUAUCGACCGUCGCAGGUGGACCAUGUCUCAUCGCAAGUUCGAACGUCCACGCCAUGGUUCCUUGGGCUUUUUGCCCAGGAAGAGGACCAAGCACCAUCACGGCAAGAUCAAGAGCUUCCCCAAAGAUGACCAGUCCAAGGCGCCACAUUUGACCGCUUUCAUGAGCUACAAGGCAGGCAUGACGCAUAUUGUGCGAGAGGUGGACCGACCUGGCUCCAAGUUGAACAAGAAGGAGAUUGUUGAGCCAGUGACCAUCUUGGAGACUCCUCCAAUGAUUGUGGUUGGUUUUGUGGGCUACGUUGAGACCCCCCGGGGUCUUCGUGCCUUGACUUCCGUUUGGGCAGGCCACCUUUCUGAGGAGUGCAAGCGUCGCUUCUACAAGUCUUGGCAAAAAUCCAAGCAGAAGGCCUUCACCAAGUACCAGAAGCGAUGGAGCGAGGACAGCAAGGAGGGCACUCCUAUGCAAGCUGAAGUCGAAAGGGCCAAGAAGUACUGCCAGGUGAUCCGUGCUAUUUGCCACACUCAGGUUGGCAAGGCAAAGAUCGGACAGAAGAAGGCCCACAUCAAGGAGAUUCAGGUGAACGGUGGUACCACAGAGGCCAAGGUGGAUUUUGCCAUGGGCUUGUUCGAACAGGAGGUGAAGAUCGACUCGUGCUUCAGUCAGGAUGAGAUGAUCGAUGUGAUCGGUACUACCAAGGGUAAGGGUUUCAACGGUGUGGUGACCCGAUGGGGCGUCACUCGUUUGAUGCGCAAGACACACCGUGGUCUCCGAAAGGUGGCAUGCAUUGGCUCCUGGCACCCUGCUCGUGUGUCCUUCCAAGUGCCUCGAUCAGGUCAGCGCGGCUAUCAUCAUCGUACUGAAAUCAACAAGAAGAUUUACCGCGUUGGUAAAAAUUUGAAGGAUGAUCCUGUGAAUGCCAAGACGGAGAACGAUCUCACCGAGAAGCCCAUCACCCCAAUGGGUGGCUUCUCUCACUACGGUGAAGUGAACGAGGACUGGGUGAUGCUGAAGGGCACCGUGAUGGGUCCCCGCAAGCGCGUCAUCACCCUCCGCAAGUCCCUCUUGCCUCAGGUUACCCGAAAGGCUUUGGAGAAGGUGACCUUGAAAUUCAUUGACACCUCCUCCAAGUUCGGACAUGGUCGCUUCCAAACCAGUGAGGAGAAGGCCAAAUUCUAUGGAAACGUGCAGAAGAAGGCCAAGACUGAGGCAAAAGAGGACGCCUGAGAUGCGUCAGAAACCUGAGAGAUGCCUGAUGACUCUGACUCUGCGACAGCGUGCCUGCGUCGAAAGAAA